AUGAAGACCCCGCUAGCAAAAACGGCUUUUGGGCAGCGGUCCAGGACAGGCUCAGGGCAUGGCAGUGCGUCUGUUACCAUGAUGAAGAGAAAAGCUGCAUACAAGAAGCAUAGGAGCAGACCCAUCUCCCAGCCUCCAAGGAAUAUCGUGGGCUGCAGAAUUCGGCAUGGAUGGAAAGACGGAGAUGAACCUGAGUGGAAGGGAACCGUUCUGGAUCAGGUACCUGUAAAUCCCUCUUUGUAUCUUAUCAAAUAUAAUGGAUUUGACUGUGUUUAUGGAUUGGAACUUCACAGAGAUGAAAGAGUGUCAUCACUUCAAGUCCUUCCUAAUAGAGUUGCCUCAUCUAGAAUCAGUGAUACACACUUAACAGAAAUUAUGAUUGGCAAAGCAGUGGAACAUAUUUUUGAGACAGAGGAAGGUUCCAAAAAUGAAUGGAGGGGGAUGGUCUUGGCUCAGGCACCUGUCAUGAAUACGUGGUUUUACAUUACCUAUGAGAAAGAUCCUGUAUUAUAUAUGUACCAGCUUUUAGAUGAUUAUAAAGAUGGUGACCUACACAUCCUUCCAGAUUCCAAUGAUUCUUCUCUCACAGAGAGGGAGCCAGGAGAAGUCAUAGACAGCCUAGUAGGCAAACAAGUGGAAUAUGCCAAGGAGGAUGGCUCCAAGAGAACUGGCAUGGUCAUUCAUCAGGUGGAAGCAAAACCCUCUGUGUACUUCAUCAAAUUUGAUGAUGAUUUCCAUAUCUAUGUCUAUGAUUUGGUAAAAACAUCUUAG